ACGACAAUUUCACACAUAAAAUUCAAACAAGAUGCGUGUCUCUGUUGCUAGAUUGACCAAAAUGGGUCCCAAAUUGAAGGAAUUACGCCUUCAUUUGUGUCAAACUGGUGAAGCUUCCAAGGGUGCCCGCGAAUACGUAGAACGUUUCUAUCCUGCAUUGAAGAAGAGCAAUCCUGAAUUGCCAAUUUUGAUUAGAGAAUGUGAAGGUGUUCAACCUCGUUUGUGGGCUCGUUAUGCUUUGGGCAAAGAAACCUCUGUACCAGUGACAAAUCAAUCGGCACAAGACAUUCAAAAGCACGUCGAAGCAUUGGGCAAAUAGAUUGCAGG